AUGGCUACCUCCAGGGUCCUUACCUUUGAUGCUGAGGGCCGUGCUGCUGACUUUGAGGUCUGGGUUGAUGACCUCCAGCUAUUCCUCCAGUGCGAUAGGGCAGACGGACUCUCCCUGUUCGAUCUCACCUCUAGUACCUCUCGUGCCCCGCCUACUGAUGCUGACAGCACUGUUCGCUCACAGUGGGCCACACGCGAUGCUGCUGCCCGUCUUGCUGUGCGUCGCCACUUACCGACCACUGAGCGUGCGCACUUUAGUCAGUAUAAGAGUGCUAAGACCUUGGACCACUUCGUCUCAGUUUGCCCCACCACACUCACCGUUGACCUCCUCGAUGAGCGCCUCCUAGCAGCAGAGAAGAGCAUAGACGCUGUAGGAGCCUCUCGUGGUGACCCUUGCACCCCCGUCUUUGAGGGGUGUUCCCCCUCCCCCCUCUUGCCCUCUGUUGCUUCUGCUGCUGCGGCCGACCUCGUUGGCUUCGAGUCGGUCGGCGCUGCGUCUGCCCCUAGUGGGAGACGCCGCAUCGGCAAGGGCAAGGGGGGCAAGGGCGCUGGAGGGACUGGCGGGGGUGGUGGAGGUGGUGGUGGAGGCAGUGGAGGGGGUGGGGGUGGUGGUGGGAGUGGUGGCGGGGGUGGAGGUAUCGGUGGCAGCAGUGGAGGCGGAGGAGGCGGCGGCGGUGGCGGAGGGAGCGGAGGUGGCGGAGGCGGCGGAGGUGGUGGAGGCGGCGGAGGUGGCGGAGGCGGAGGCGGCAGCGGUGGAGCUGGCCGCGGCUCUGCGCAGAGGAGUGGUUCCGGUGGUGGUCCGCGCCAGCAGCAGCAGCGCAGUCGUGAGACCCUGUCCCCUCAGCAGCUUCGUGAGUGGUACGCUGCGCGUCAGCGCGGUGGGGGUACUGGUCCCUGCACCUACGUCCUCCGUACCGGCGACCGCACUGGUGAGCAGUGCGGGGGCCCGCACUCCACCCAGUGCUGCUUCGGCCGCCUGACGGACGAGUGGGCUCACCAGUUCCCUGACGCCUCUGAGAUCCCUCGCUGGGGAGAGCUGUCUAGGGCCGGGGAUACUAUCUUUGAUCUUGAUUAUGAUGCUAUUCUUGCUGCCAUGUAUGCUGUGUCUGAUAGUGUUGAGGGUGACUGUUACCUGUGUGUUCCGCCUGACCCGGGCAUUGAGGCUGCUGCUCUAGGUACUGGGGAGGCUGCUGCUCUAGGUGCUAGUGCGUCUGCUGCCCCAGGUGCUGGUGAGUCUGCUCUCUCAGGUACCACGUCGGCUCAGGCCUUCCACACCUGCACCCUUGACUCGGGUGCUUCCCGCUCCUUCUUUCGAGACCGCACCACGCUUACGCCGCUUAGUCGGCCGGUUGCGGUCUCCCUGGCGGACCCCUCUGGGGGUCCUGUCCUUGCUCGCUUCUCCACUGUCUUACCGAUAGGAGGGUUGACCAGUUCUCUCCUGCGAGUCAGCGGGUGA